UCUCAAUCGACGGACUAGGCCCUGGUUUUUGAUUUUUCUUUUUCUUUUUGUUUUUUUAAUCCGCGGUUUUUGAUUAUUCUGUUGUCGCAUAUUUGCUUCAAAUACCCAGCAAUCUCUUUUUCUUUCUCCUCAACCUUCCUUUCCAAAACCACCCUCCCCCCAAACCCAUCAUUUUCUCUCCCGAGAAAAAUUCCCAAUGGGAAAGAUCGGAUUAUUCGAUCUCGAGAAGCACUUCGCCUUCUACGGGGCAUACCACAGCAACCCAGUUAACAUAAUCAUACACAUGCUGUUUGUUUGGCCACUGUUCUUCACGGCUCUUAUUCUCUUCUAUUUCACGCCUGCUUUCUUUGAAUGCCCAUUUCAGUGUCGUUUUGGCCUUGUCCCUAAUUUUGGGCUUUUGUUCACUUUGAUCUAUGCUUUGUUUUAUGUAUUAAUGGAUAAGAAAGCUGGGUCUUUGGCUGCUGUUCUAUGUUUGACCUGUUGGGUUUCUGCUAGUCUUCUUGCUAAGAAUCUUGAGUUCUCUCUGGCUUGGAAGGUUGUUCUUGCAGCUCAGUUGUUCUGUUGGACUGGACAGUUCAUAGGCCAUGGUGUAUUUGAGAAACGAGCGCCUGCUCUCCUGGACAACCUCGCCCAAGCCUUCUUGAUGGCACCUUUCUUUGUAUUAUUCGAAGCUCUUCAAUGGUUGUUUGGCUAUGAACCAUAUCCAGGGUUUGAUGUGACUGUGAAAGCAAAGAUAGAUGCUGACAUCAAAGAAUGGAAGGAGGCAAAAGAGAAGAAAAUUACAUGAAAGAGAAGAAAAUUACAUAAAAUCGUGAAAAUAAAUUAGCUUGUAUCUUCAGAAACCGUCCAUGGGAUUGACCCAAAUUUACUGUUAAUGACCACUUUGUAAGUAAAUGGAGAACUAGUAUGUACCUUAUCAAUCUUUCUGAAUUUGACAUUACACUAUGGUCAAUUUACCUUCCUAAAA